AUGCAGAGCUCGAAGGACAAGAGAAGGCGGUUAAGGCUGCAAGGUUCACGGGCGGUACAGGCAGGAAAACCGGUGAAACCUUUCGGUGGACCGGGAAGGGGUAGAGGGGGAGGGGCAGUUGGGGGAGGGGGGCAGCAGCAACAGACUCCCGGAUACAGCGGUGAUGACAACAGCAGAAGCUCGGCAGAGCCCCGUCAGAUGCGCGGUAGCAAGCCGACGUGGUUGGAAAAGGACGAAAGACUUGGGGAGAAGAGUUUUGUCUUCCAUCAGCCAACAAAGGCUAUAAGGAAGCCACCGGAUCCCAAAGUUAUCAAAGAGGACGGAGUUUUUGAAAUAAGUUCAAGUCCAUCAGGAGUUUCCAGGUUACGAUACUUCCCACACUUUGUCGACCCUAAGGAAGCUGAUUGGAUGUUUGACCAGUUGGAGGCUGAAAUCCCCUGGAGACAGAGGAAAGGGAUAGACAGGGAAGGUGUGGAAUACCUGCAGCCGAGGUUGACAGCAUGGUUUGGUGAAAUUCCAUAUUCCUACUCCAGACUCACACAUGAAGCUAACCCACAUUGGCACCCUAUAGUGACUAUGUUACGUGACCACAUCACCCAGUCUUGUGGCCACACCUUCAACUCUGUACUGUGUAACCUGUAUCGGGAUGACAAGGACUCCAUAGCCUGGCACUCCGACAACGAAUACUCCCUACGGAAAAACCCCAUCAUAGCCUCGCUAACCCUCGGUGCCAUCAGGACCUUUGAGUUACGAAAGAACCCACCACCAGAAGAGGAUGGUGACUACACUUACACAGAGAGAGUGAAGAUUCCCCUGAACCAUGGGAGCUUACUGAUCAUGGAGGGGGCAACACAAGAAGACUGGCAGCACCGUGUCCCAAAGGAAUAUCAUGACAGAGGAGCAAGGAUAAACUUGACCUUCAGAACUAUCUACCCUGAAGAAGAAUCAUGACCUUGGGCAUAUUCCACUGGGUGAAUGUGCAAGAUAGAAUGAUAGUCAUCGGGUUUCCAUGACAGAGGGAUUGGCAAGUUUUCUCCCGUUCAACAGCAACAUAAUUCAAUGC